AUGUUCGAGGCCCUGCGUUCGCCAAGGGUGCAAGUAUUUUCGAUCCUCGACUGCGAAGAAGACGAUCCGUGGCUGCUACACGCCCGCAGGUCCCCCAAUUGCGUGUUUCUACGAGUGAACAAGACCUAUUACUACGUGCACGAUGCAGUCGAAAAGUUUUACAGGAGCGAGAUGUACUGGGCGUCUCACUUUCCCGAGAUCGACGAUCUCGUCAAGGACCCAAAGUUCCGCAACAGGACUAUGAGUACUCUGUACACGGCCAACCUGACGCAUCCCUUGAACGUAUCGGCGAUGAGUCUACUUUGCUUAAGAACAUGUCUUUCUACUGGAGACUGUUCGUUCGACCACGACCCGACUGUGGCCAAGGUGAUGUCCGACUUUAAAACUUUUGCGACGUGGCCUUUGCGCAACAGUACCCCCCCACCCAAGGACUUUGCCAUGGCAGGACUCGCCUACGAUCCAGAGAAGCGGAUUCUCAGCUGCUCGAUGUGCCAGCAAAAGACUCAACUCUCUACUAUCGUGGCCUCGGACGAAACACUUCCCCAAGGACUGCACGAAUCCGACUGUGACGCACCGCUACGCACGCUGAGUCCAGACGUCUCGGCGGUGGUGACCGAACGAGCGCUUGCCUUUAGGCCCGAGUUUCAGACUUACACUGCGAGGUUCGCCUCCUUCGACGCUCGGCCGAAAGAAGAAGACGUCUUUGACGUGGAUUACAUGGCAUCUGCGGGAUUUUAUUACCUGACCGAUCGCACCGUGGAAUGCUUUUGUUGCGGACUUCGGUUGCUUUCGUGGGAAGCCGACUACGACGACCCAGUCGAGGAACACGCCAAGUACAACCCUCGCUGCCCCCAUCUUCGAUUGUGCGCGAGCGUAACCUACAUCAAGGAGGUGUCCGACGUGUGUCGGCCAGUGGGAGAGAUGGGGACCUGUCUAGUCGAGCCAUUGUCGCUUUGGGUUAUAGGGUAG